AUGUCCCAACCAAAGAAGAGUGUGAAUAUGGAACCCGCCCCAAUGCCUAAUCAGCCUGAUGGCGAUUCCAAAGUCUCCAUGAUAGAGCUGGGGAGUACGAUUAUGAUAGACCCGAUCAAAGAGAAAAAGAUGAUGCGCAAGUUCGACCGAUACGCCCUUCUCCUCAUCGGCAUCAUGUACAUGUUUUGCAACCUAGAUAGGGGCAACCUGGGGAAUGCGUCAAUCGCUGGCAUGCCUAAAGAUAUUGGCCUUGUGGGGAAUCAGUUCGGCACAGCAGUCACGCUGCUUUUCGCUACCUAUGUACCAUUCGAGGCGCCGGUUGCGAUACUUGUGAAAAUUGUUGGACCUAAGCCGUUGUUGGCAGGAUGUUGUACUUCGUGGGGGCUGGUGACCUUAUGUAUGGGGUUCAUCCAGAAUUGGAAGGGGUUGUACACAUGCCGUCUGCUUUUAGGUGCAUUCGAGGCUGGACUUAUCCCAUGCCUAGAGACGUACCUUGGUUUGGUGUACAAAAAGGAGGAGCGAGGAACUCGCAUGGUCAUGGUCUAUUCUUGGAGUGCCAUCGCCAGUGCCUUCGGUGGACUUUUGGCAUAUGGGCUCACCCAAAUCAAUGGACCGGGCGAGUUUCAAGGUUGGCGAUGGCUGUUCAUCGUGGAGGGCAUUCUCACGCUUUGCAUCAUUCCAGUGUUUCUUUGGCUGUUUCCCAAGGAUAUCCUCGAUGCCUGGUUUCUUACUCCUGAGGAGAAAGAGUUGAUGAGACUACGGUAUAUUCAGAAUCCUUCUUGGGGAAUUGACGAGAAAUUCACUUGGGGCGAGACCUUGAAGGUGUUCAAAGACCUCAAAUUCUAUGCCUUCGUUGCAAUCCUUUACUGUGGCGACUUGACCAUUUAUAGUUUUACAACUUUCCUGCCAGCAAUUCUCAAAGGAAUGGGUUAUACAUCGGUGCACGCCAAUCUGCUUACAGUACCAGUCUACGUCUGGGCCUUGGGCGUAUUCAUAGUCGCUGGUAUCUCAUCUGAUCGUUUCAAAAACCGUAGCAUCCCUAUUGGUGGAGGCUUUGUCUGCAUGAUCGUUGGUUAUGCUAUUCUGAUCUCGGUGGAAACGGUUGGUGUUCGCUAUUUUGCUUGUUAUGUUGCAAUGGGAAUAUAUCCCACCGUUGCCUUGCUUAUCAUGUGGCUAUGCGACAAUGUAGCUCGUCACUUUAAACGAGCCAGUAUGAUUGGACUCUGUCUGACACUUGCCAACACUUCAGGCGUGGUUACCGGUCAAAUAUUUACCACGCCCACAUCACCUCGAUAUAUACGUGGAUUGUCCAUCUGUAUGGGUCUCGCGGUCUUUGGUCUACUCGUGGUGGUGGCGCUGGUUGUGGGCUUCAAGAUUGUCAAUCGACGACGUGAGCAAGCCAUUGCUCAAGCCGAAAGGGAUGGAACACCACUUAUCUCAUGCCCUGAACAUGGCGACUAUGACGAGUCGGCCAGAUAUCUCGAAAGUCUAGAGGAAAAGGCAAAUAUGCAGCAAGAACGGGUUUCAACUACGCCUCCACAUGAGCCAAGCGAUAACAGUAUCCGGCUUUCACAGCCUCCCUCGUCAGAGACAAUGGCCUCUGAAGCCGGGAAUCCUUUGGUUGCUCAAAGGCCGCAGCUCGUUCAGUCCGCUUAUCUGUCACGGCCAGUCUACCUAGGAGAUGCAUCAGGGAUUGCCUUUGGCAUGAAACUACGAGAGUCAAUCAGAGGUCAUGAUGGAGUUGUCUCGCUACGAACUGAGCAUCGAUACUUCAAUGAUCCAGGCAUACUUCGAAGAGUUGCCGACAGUUAUGAGUUGCCAGAGAAGAGUUAUGCGUUGAUCCUCGUCCGGCUAGUCAAGCGUUUUCUUGGUGACACGCAUCAUCUAAACUUAGGUUCUGCCUUCCUGGAGAGAGUCGAUGAUUUUUAUGUGAUACGGGUGGAAGAUCCUAUUUGGAUCUGUCGCCUGUUUGUGAUUUAUGCACUGGGAGAACUUUACUCGAAUGGACCCGUCAGUGCGAGUACGGAACGCAAGAUACCUGGCACUGCAUUCUUCUUGACGGCGAUGUCCUUGCUACAGGACAAUUAUGAGGAUGCAACCAUCCUCUAUGUUGAAACUUUGAUGCUAGUGUCCCUCUACUUCGAUGCUCUAAACCGCACAAAUUCGGCGUACGCCUACAUAGGACUGGCGUUGCGCGUCAGCCUCACAUUGGGCUUGCAUCGCAACAUCAGCAGUCAUCAGCUGCCGGCGGUGGAAAGAGAGCACCGCAAUCGAGUUUGGUGGACAGUUCACUAUUUAGAACGCUUGUGUAGUUCGAAACAUGGGCACCCCAUGAUGCUCAGGGACGAAGAUAUCAGUACAUCCUUGCCGUCCUGGGAAGGACUUUCCCCAGCGGAAAGGGCGGAGUUUCCCAAUCCAAGCAUCCUCAACGCUCAGCUGAACCUAGCCAAGAUUGUGGGCUUCAUUUCCCGUGACAUGUAUGUGGUCUCAGGACUGUCGAGGGGACAAACAUUUCUGCAGACGGUGCACAGUAUUUUCACGCGCCUGAAAGACUGGAACGAAAGUCUCCCGGUCGAGAACAAGAUGGAUUCUUCGGUUACAGCCUCGAGGGGAAUUUCAUCGUUACAUCUUCUCUUCAAUCAAUGUGUAAUCCUUGCGACUCGACCUAUCUUAUAUCUCAUCUUCCAGCAGUGCUUCAGGACCACCGCAGAGUCUGCCGCCAGGUCGAACAGCAUCCCCCCGAUUGCAAGAGCAUUAGCAGACCACUGCGUUUAUGCAGCACGCAACAUCAACCACAUCUUGAUCCAGUUGUGGGUGGAUGGAUCCAUUGCACUUUUUGGAUAUACGGACGCGCUGAUCUUAUUCACGUCCACCAUGGCACUGACGAUUGCUGUGGCAUUGAGACUUGGAAAUGUCGACGAAGUCAAGAGUGAGACCGAAACCGCAUGGCGUCUGCUAGGGCAAAUGCGCGAAUGUGGCAACAAUGCCGCCGCCGAGUUCCACGAGCAGUUGAAUUUUCUCAGACAGGACCUGGGCUUGGUCGUGCCUGAGACGGCUCAAGCUCCGUCUAAGACCAGCGAACACGAUGUGAUUCAAUGUCUGGGUGAAGAAGCGACGCAUCACCCCAGCGGAGCCCCAGCGCUAGAUCUGGUCAACAGUGCUAUGACCGAAAACCGCCUUGUCUCGCACGCGCAUGCGCCAGCACCAGAAAACGCCUCAGCAGCUAUAUAUCACUACAGUGGCGAAGGAGAAGGUAGCUGGACGUGGGACGGGCUAGGCGACCGCCAGCAACUGACAUCAUUCUACCUUCAGGGAGAUUCGCACACCGACUUCCGUAGCGCCGUAUAUGGACACCCUUUAGGAGAGUCGGUUGACAUGAACCCCGUGAUGGCAUUGUCUGGUUCAUCGGAAGCACGUGUCAAUGGCUCCAUAGGCGGCGAUACUGCUGCUGCUGCAGCUGCAGCUGCAGAACACCCCCAAGACUUCCAGUCCAGCGAUGCCUUUGCUAGCGAUGUUUUGUUGAACAGCAUGCCUUUCGGUCUCGAUCUGUCCGAGCUAGAUGGAUUUGAUGUCGAUCAGAUGCCCUUCCUCUGGACUUGA